AUGACAGAUUGGCAUCGUCGAGGAGCGUACAUGUCAAGUUCCUAUUCUCGACCUAGUUAUGGGGCAGAUCGAUGGAAUCAGAAUAAUUACAAUCCGUAUCAAAACUAUAAUCAGAACCACUAUCAAAAUGAUUGGAACCAGAAUCAAUAUGGAAACAGAGUUGGACAAUAUGGGUCAAGUUACGGAAGACCAUCCAAUUAUUCCCCUCCACAAUCCAGUUAUGGACCUCCAAAAUCAUCAUAUAGUAGACCAGAACCCACUUAUUCUCCAUAUUCUCGCCCUACAUCGUCUUAUGGACGGCCUCCACAAUUCUAUCCACCACAACCCGCUCCAGUCGAACCUUCUGUUGGUCAAGUAGUACCUCCAGUACCUCCAGUUGUGACUCCAUCUGUAGACACGCGACCAGUAGCACCACCACCACCAGAAGUUCCAGCUCCAGAACCAGCUUCACCAGUUCCAGUCCCACCAGUACCUGAACCUGUUGCCCCAACUCCAUCCGGUCCCCUAUUCGGAGGAGUUGAGCCAGGAGCCGGAGCGUUGUCUCCAGGAGGAGUGCCACCUCUUCCGCCAACCGAUGAAGAGAUGACUAGGGUGGAUGCAGCUGAGAAAGAGAACGAAGUUCGAAAAGCUCGAGGAGGACCACCAGGAAUCAACGUAGAUUCGAUUGUGGAAACGGGAACACUUCCACCUCAAGCAACCGUUCCUGAUAUUCCGAUGCCUCCAGUCUGA